UCUCUCUCUCUCUCUUUUACAGGUAUUUAUUGUAAUGGGACAUUUGACAAUUAUGCAUGCUGGCCUCAUUCAUUUCCAGGAAUUGUCUCUAUUCCCUGUCCUUCAUACUUACCUUGGUUGAAAAAAGAAAGCCCAGGAAGAGUAUACAGAAAUUGCUUGGCUGGGGGAACUUGGCAGACUCAGGAGAACUCUACAGAUAUUUGGUGGUAUGACAUAGAAUGUUCUGAGAACCGCAGCUUCAUACAAAAUGAUGAGCACCACACCUUGCUAUCAACUUUGCAGAAAGUGUAUACCUUGGGAUAUUCUCUCUCACUCAUUUCCCUCUUCUUGGCUCUCAUAAUCCUCAUGUGUCUCAGAAGAGUUCACUGCACUCGUAACUACAUCCACAUGAAUUUAUUUGGUUCCUUCAUGCUUCGAGCACUGGCUGUUUUGGUGAAGGACAUUAUCAUACACAAUUCCUACUCAAAAAGGCCAGAUGAUGAAAAUGGAUGGAUAUCCUAUCUGUCAGAGUCUUUAUCCACUUGUCGGACUGCCCAAACUCUUCUUCACUAUUUUGUUGGAGCCAAUUACUCAUGGCUUUUAGUUGAAGGCAUUUAUCUUCACACACUGCUGGGACCUUUAGUGCUUUCACAGAGACGUCUCUUGCUCAGAUAUAUCAUGGUAGGCUGGGCAUUUCCUGUUUUGUAUAUGAUCCCUUGGGGAAUUACCCGAGCACGACUGGAGAACAUAGGGUGCUGGGGGACAAACACAAACAUGAAUAUCUGGUGGAUAAUCAGAGGACCAAUAUUACUUUCAAUAAUAAUCAAUUUCUUCAUCUUUCUGAAAAUACUCAAGUUGCUCAUAUCUAAACUCAAAGCUCAUCAAUUGGCCUUCAGUGAUUAUAAGUAUAGGUUGGCCAGAUCAACAUUGGUCCUUAUUCCUUUGCUGGGUGUCCAUGAAAUAGUCUUCUCUUUUAUCAUUGAUGAACAAGUUAAAGGUUCUCAAAGACAUAUAAGACUCUUCAUCCAGUUAACAAUGAGUUCCUUCCAUGGGCUUCUUGUGGCUUUCCUCUACUGCUUUGCUAAUGAAGAGGUGAAAGCUGAGUUGCGGAAGUAUUGGAUUCGUUUCCUGCUUGCCCAUCACAUCAGUUGUGUAGGUUGUGUUCUUGAGAAGAAUAUCAAGUACUUUCAAAAACAUUCUAAGAAUCAGGAAAUCCAGCACUUUGGGGCGAAUCAGGGACCAGGAGAGUACAGGCCUGACAGCGGUGGGCAACUUCCACACUUGGCUGGAAGAGACCAAAGGACUUUUAGCUCCCAGCCACAUCGAGGUAAAGUGGCCCUUCUUAGGGGAAGUCUGUCUGAGAGCAGUGAAGGUGACUUCACUAUUAUUGACACCACAGAGGAAAUUCUGGAAGAUAGUGAAAUUUAGAGGCUUUUGUAAGAUAAGCUUAAAGGAUUUUGCUCUUCUUCUCUUCUCCCUUUCUUUCUUUCCUAAGGCUUGGAAUUGAAAUUCUGAGACAGGGAAAAGGAAGACGGAAAAGAAGAAACCAGGGCUAUCAAGUAUAGUACAGUAUUAUUGUUUCUUGUAAUCAUUUAUUUUCAAAAGUCUCCAAAUACUUUAUAGACACAGUUCUGCUCAUCUUCAGAUAGUCCUGGAAUUCUCAAUCAGUAAAUCCUGAGUACAUACUCUUCAGACACAAACAAUGGGACAUGAGCUAUGACCUGGAAGUUAAGGUUAAUGUGAUAUAAGAAGAGAAAGCUUUGAAUAUGGAAAAGUGGAUUUGAAGAUAUUUCUUGUUAACUGCAUCCCCUUGUUUUCUCCUUAAGAAACAUCCUGUUCACUUGAAAGAGACAGAGAGGUAGAAGAAAAAAGAGAGGGGGGAAAGAUGGGGUAGGUGGGAAGGAGAAUAGAAGGGGAGAGAGAGAGAGAGAGAGAGAGAGAGAGAGAGAGAGAGAGAGAGAGAGAGAGAGAGAGAGAGAGAGAGAGAGAGAAGGAGAAGGAGGAGGAGGAGGUGUUAAAAUGCAUUUCAAUUUUAAAUCCUAUUAUCUGGGUUCUAGUACAAAUCUCCAUUUGUUGAAUAUAGGACAAAGGGACUGGACAGCCAGUUGGGUAAAUGCGCUCACAAAUAGCAAGCACUUAUUCAAUGUUCAUUCAUUAAUGCAUUCAUUCUUCUGGAACUGUCAUAGAAUCAUGGAAUAUCAGAGCUUGAAGGUACCUUAGAAAUAAUCUUGUCCAACAUAUUAAUAUUAUAGAUGAUGCUACCUGAGGCCCAGAGAGAAUAAUAUAGAGGGAACUGGUAAAGGAAUCAUUCUGAGCCUUAACUCCAUUCUUAAGAGAAAAAGGCAAUUUCCUGUCAUUUUUCCUCUUUCAUCUUCAACUUUGAUAUAUUUUGCCAACUCUUCCAGCUCUUCCAACUCUUGAGAUCUCAUGACAGAUCCUUCCAAAUUCUAAAAGUCCACUGGAUCUCCAAUUCUUUGAAGAAAGAAAACACAAUAAUCUUUUAUGAUAAACUAGUAAAAAAUCAAUAAAACCAUAAAUCACGAAGUGAAGACAGUCUAAAAUGAGAAGCUCAACCUUUUUUUUUGUGUAAUGGACCCCAAUGACAGUUUAAUAAAGCCUAUAGAGUUCUCCUCAGAAUAACCUUUUUGAGCCUAUAAACUACAUAGUAUUAAAAAGGAAACCAAUUAUAUGUAUAUAAAAUAAUCAAAAUAGUAAAAAAACAAAACAAAACAAAACAAAACAAAAAAAACAAGUUCACAGAUAAAGGAUCCAUGGUCUAGAAGACCAAAGUGGUUACUUUGGUUUAGUAGCCUUAGAAAUGGAGGAAACAAGAACAGACAAUUCUUUCUAGGAACUUGAGAGUGAAAGGUGGGAGAAAUAUAUAGUAAUAUUGCUUGAAGAGAAGGCAAACUAAUAUGAAGAUUUAUAAAGAUGUGAAAGGCUUGGGUAGCAGAGGAGGUGUCAGAAAAUCUUUAUAUGGAAAAAAGAAAAGGGAAUGACCUAAUGAGCAAUUUUCUGGAGAGAACUUGUAAUAUAGCAAGAGAUGAAAGGAUAAGUAAAAGUAUAAAGCUGAGAUUCUUAAUCUUUUUUUGUGUGUGUCAUGGACCCCUUGCCAAUCUGUUAAAACCUAUGAUUCCUUUCCCAGAAUGUUUUUCAAAGCAUAAAGAAAAUACAAAGAAUUACAAAGGAAAGAAAGAUUAGUGAAACUAAACAAGUAUUUUUUUCAUAAAAGUUCACAAACAAUGAAAUUUAUUCAUAGAUUGCCCACAUGGACCUCACGUUAAGAACCUCUGAUAUAAAGAAAGACAUUCUGAGAGAUGAUGGUGGGAGAAAUCAUAGAAUCAUUAAAUUCAAGACCUGAAGUCUUGAUUUUCAUAAGACAUAGGGCUAGAAGGGAGCUUAAAGCCCAUCUAGGCCAAUUCCUAUUUUACUACUGAGGAAACUGAGACUACAAAGGACCAAAUGCCUUUCCAAGGGUUAUACAAAUCAUAAUGGAUUGUCUCUAUUUUCUCAUUAAAAUGAAAAGGGAAAACCAUCUACUCAGAAAUAGAAGAUGGAGUUGUAUAGAUGAACACAAGAAGAGAGGAGAAUGUUUGGAAUAGCUCCUUGUGGGUAUUAUGAUGUAAAGUCAAUUGAAAACAAAUAAAAGGAUUGCCACACAGAAAGAAAGGUCUAUUAGUUAUUAACAUGAAUUUUUAGCAAAUAUUAAUGGAAUUAUCUGCAUAGUUAUAUGAUUUCCUCCAUGGCAUUCCACAGCAUUAACAUUGAAGCAGUGAUGAAUGAUGGUAGAAGUAACUUGAGAAUUGAUAGGAUUUGAACAGUGAUAGGAGCUAGAAACAAAAACACAAGGGCAGAAGACAGUGGAUAACUGAAAUAUGGGAAAAAGAAUGGAAAAGUGAGGCCAGAACAUAGGUAAUAAAUCUAUAGAACAGAGUAGGGCUGGAGGUCAAAAUGAAGAUGAAUAAAUUUAAAAGGAAAGAGGUGAGAGAUGAAAGUAGAGAAGAUUAUGAUUUUUUUAAAAAAGUGAAACUGAUGAUGGUAACAUCUAAGAAUUAAACCUGAUUCUGUGUAGGCUGUGGUAUAUUGAAGUUGUUGGUCAUUGAGGAUGAGGAUGUUGGUGAAUUAUGAGGCUAAAUUUGAAGGGGUCCUUGUUUUGUGUAUUGAAUUCAUUUUUUAAGUUGUUUAAUUUUUAUACUAAACUAAACACCAGAUUAAAAUGACAUUUCCAUACAUUGUAGAAUAAAUGGAUGGGAUUUUAUAUGCACAUGAAGCUUGUUUUUCUUUCUAAGUAAAUAAAUUCAACAUAUAAAUUUCAAAGCUGUGCUACUAUUCUGUGAUUUCUACUUUCUGUUCUGUUAUCUUUUGUGUGUGUGUGUGGGGAGGGGAACCCUUCUUCCUUUCAUCUUUCCUCUCCUCUUUGAAAAAUUUUAAAAAGAUCAACCAAACUCUUGUAGAAUAUACUCUAGAUAUCAUAUGCCCAAUUUGUAUAUCUACCAUCAAUUCAGCUGGUUAAACCACCUCCCAUCAUUCUAAUGGUAACCUCAAGAGGUUUCAGUUAUUCUUCUCUGACACUAUCAGCUCAUUUUAUUUGCCAUUUUGUUGUUCUUCCAAAUGUUAUCAACAAUAGUUAUAUAACAUCAUUGAUAACCAAUUAACAUCAUUUAAUUUUUUAUUUUGGUUUUUAUUCAUGUAUUUUUAUAUCACCAUACUUUUCACACAAUACUUCCUCCUCUCCAACCUAGAGAACUAUCCCAUAAAACAAAUAGUACUUUUUUAAAGACAGAAAAAAGAGGAAAAAAAAUAGGUAUACAAUACAGGGGAAAAAAACAACUUUAAAUAUGGGCAAUAGGGAACACUUGUAGACCUCCCAUGUCUUCAAAAGGGUAGGGACAUGAAUUAGCUUGCAUUGAUCUAUCUCUAAAAUAUAAGAAAAAUGAAUUCCCACAUUGAUCUUGUCCAAAAAUAUGUUUUACUCUGCAUCCCAAGUUCUUCACUUAUCUAUCAAAGGCAGGUGACAUGUUUCAUCAC